AUGGACCGCUUCCUGGGUUUUGUCAAGCAGAUAAGAAGAUCUAGGAGAAGAAAGGGGAAAAAGUACCGACCAGAAGAGGAUUACCACGAGGGCUAUGAGGAUGUCUAUUAUUACGCCUCAGAGCAUUUUCGAAAUGAGAGCCCCUACACUAAAUCCGCCAGCCAGACAAAGCCGCCUGAUGGAGCGUUGGCUGUGAGGAGACAGAGCAUCCCAGAGGAAUUCAAGGGCUCCACCGUGGUUGAGCUGAUGAAGAAGGAAGGCACUACCCUCGGGCUGACGGUAUCGGGCGGAAUUGACAAGGAUGGCAAGCCACGCGUGUCUAACCUGCGGCAAGGGGGAAUUGCUGCCAGAAGCGAUCAGCUGGAUGUGGGUGACUACAUCAAAGCAGUGAAUGGGAUCAACCUGGCCAAGUUCCGCCAUGAUGAGAUCAUCAGCUUGCUGAAGAACGUUGGGGAAAGAGUGGUUCUUGAAGUCGAGUAUGAGCUGCCGCCAGUCUCUGUUCAAGGAUCGAGUGUUAUUUUCCGAACGGUGGAGGUCACAUUACAUAAAGAAGGCAAUACCUUUGGUUUUGUAAUCCGAGGAGGGGCACAUGACGAUAGAAAUAAAUCUCGUCCAGUUGUAAUAACGUGUGUUCGUCCCGGAGGACCUGCUGACAGAGAGGGCACCAUCAAACCUGGCGACAGGUUGCUCAGUGUGGAUGGAAUUCGGCUUCUUGGAACCACGCAUGCCGAAGCCAUGAGUAUUCUUAAACAGUGUGGACAAGAAGCAACGCUGCUGAUAGAAUAUGACGUCUCAGUGAUGGAUUCUGUGGCAACAGCAUCCGGGCCACUGCUAGUUGAAGUUGCCAAAACUCCUGGUGCCAGCCUUGGGGUUGCCCUGACUACCUCGAUGUGCUGUAACAAACAGGUCAUUGUCAUAGACAAAAUCAAAUCUGCAAGUAUUGCGGACAGAUGUGGCGCCCUUCACGUGGGAGAUCACAUCCUGUCCAUCGACGGAACCAGCAUGGAGUACUGUACGUUGGCAGAAGCCACCCAGUUCCUGGCCAACACCACUGACCAGGUCAAGCUGGAGAUUCUUCCCCAUCAUCAGACCCGCCUGGCCCUGAAGGGACCUGAGCAUGUGAAAAUUCAGAGGAGCGACAGGCAACUUGCGUGGGAUUCCUGGGCCAGCGACCACUGCAGCCUUCACACCUACCAAUACCCUAAUGCGUCCCACCCCGACCGUUGCAGAGCUCAGGCCCUGCCAGCCCCAAAGGCGCCUCCUCCCAACAGCCCUCCAGCUUUGGUGUCUUCACCCUUCUCUCCUACCUCCAUGAGUGCAUACAGCCUGAGUUCCCUGAACAUGGGGACUUUACCUCGAAGCCUCUACUCCACUAGCCCUCGCGGGACCAUGAUGAGGAGGAGACUGAAAAAGAAAGACUUCAAAAGCUCACUGUCUUUAGCCUCGAGCACAGUGGGCCUGGCUGGGCAGGUCGUUCACACAGAAACCACAGAAGUUGUGCUGACAGCCGAUCCCGUCACAGGAUUUGGGAUCCAACUGCAGGGCAGUGUGUUUGCCACGGAGACUCUCUCUUCGCCACCUCUGAUUUCCUAUAUUGAAGCUGACAGCCCAGCCGAGAGAUGUGGGGUGCUACAGAUUGGAGACAGAGUGAUAGCCAUUAAUGGGAUUCCAACUGAAGACAGCACCUUUGAGGAAGCCAACCAGCUCCUCCGAGACUCUUCAAUCACGAGCAAGGUCACACUGGAAAUCGAGUUUGAUGUUGCAGGUAUGGUCAUAUAAUCGCGAGGAACCUGGUUUGCAUUCAAAACUCCCAACAAAAGCAAGACAGUGGAGUCAGGAACUUCCAGCACACCAUCCAGCAGAAAACCAGGAGAUCCCCUUGUCAUAUCAGAUAUCAAGAAAGGCAGUGUGGCACAUAGGACUGGCACCCUGGAACUGGGGGAUAAAUUACUUGCAAUAGAUAACAUCCGGCUGGACAACUGUUCUAUGGAAGAUGCGGUUCAGAUCCUCCAGCAAUGUGAAGACUUGGUGAAGCUCAAAAUCCGCAAAGAUGAAGAUAAUUCAGAUGAGCAAGAAAGUUCCGGAGCAAUUAUUUACACUGUGGAGCUUAAGCGCUAUGGGGGGCCCCUUGGCAUCACAAUUUCAGGAACUGAAGAGCCGUUUGAUCCUAUAAUCAUUUCAAGCCUCACUAAAGGGGGAUUAGCUGAAAGAACCGGUGCAAUCCACAUAGGAGACCGAAUCCUGGCCAUCAACAGCAGCAGCUUGAAAGGGAAGCCUCUGAGUGAGGCCAUCCAUUUGCUACAGAUGGCCGGAGAGACCGUCACCUUGAAGAUUAAGAAACAGACAGAUGCCCAGGCAGCAUCAAGUCCCAAGAAAUUCCCCAUCUCUAGCCACCUGAGUGACCUGGGAGAUGUGGAGGAGGACCCCUCUCUGGCACAGAAGCCAGGCAAGCUCACUGACACCUACCCCUCCACCGUGCCCAGUGUGGACAGUGCGGUAGACUCGUGGGACGGCUCUGGAAUAGAUAGCGGCUAUGGGAAUCAAGGCUCUGGCUUUCAGGCGUCAGGCUACAGUUUCAACACUUACGAGUGGAGGGGUCCGAAACAGAGAGGUAGCCUGUCCCCAGUCACAAAGCCACGAAGCCAGACCUACCCAGACGUGGGGCUGAGUAAUGAAGACUGGGACCGGUCCACAGUCAGUGGUUUUACAGGGGCUCCCGACAGUACAGAGGCUGAACAAGAGGAGAACUUCUGGUCCCAAGCGCUGGAGGACUUGGAAACCUGUGGACAGUCGGGAAUUCUGAGAGAACUCGAGGAGAAAGCUGACAGGCGUGUGUCUUUGAGAAACAUGACUCUCUUGGCAACGAUCAUGUCGGGGAGCACGAUGAGUUUGAAUCAUGAGGCCCCAACACCUCGCAGUCAGCUGGGGCGACAAGCCAGCUUCCAGGAACGGAGCAGCUCGCGGCCGCAUUAUAGCCAAACAACGCGGAGCAACACCCUGCCCUCCGACGUGGGCAGGAAGUCUGUCACCCUGAGGAAAAUGAAACAAGAAAUAAAGGAGAUCAUGUCCCCAACUCCUGUGGAGCUGCACAAGGUGACCUUGUACAAGAGCUCCGAUGUGGAAGAUUUUGGGUUCAGCGUAGCAGAUGGCUUGCUGGAGAAAGGAGUAUAUGUCAAAAACAUUCGCCCAGCUGGGCCAGGAGACCUUGGUGGCUUAAAACCCUAUGACCGACUCUUACAGGUUAAUCACGUCCGAACGAGAGACUUUGACUGCUGCCUUGUUGUGCCCCUCAUAGCAGAAUCUGGUAAUAAGCUGGACUUGGUUAUUAGUAGAAACCCACUGGCCUCACAGAAGUCUAUAGAACAGACUCUACCAGGAGGAGAAUGGAGUGAACAGAACAGCGCUUUUUUCCAACAGCCUAGUCACGGUAGUAAUUUGGAGAUACGAGAACCCACUAACACAUUAUAG